AUGCUGAUGUACUUCUGGUUUCUGGUCAAUUUAUAUGUGUGUGUGGCAUCGACCACACAUGAGCUGGUGUUCAAUGUUGCUUCUGCGACCAACAGGGAUGGCAGGCGGAUAAUAUCGAUAAAUGGCAGGCGGAAUACGUAUGGGCCGCAAAUAAGGGUCAAGUCGGGCGAUACUAUCAACUUAAAAGUGGUGAACAACAUCUGUUCUGCGGAGGAGCUGGUCUCCAUGGAAACCGACGAGCAGUUGCGGGAGUACUGCCAUACAGCUUUGCACUUCCAUGGUCUGAUAGGGAUUGGGAAUGAGCUCGAUGGUGUUCCGGGGAUCACGCAGGACCCCAUAGCGCCGGGCGAGGAGUUCUGGUAUAACAUCACGAUCCCGGAGACAAUAUGCGGGACUUACUGGUAUCACUCGCAUAGUUCAGUCCAGUAUGGAGACGGGCUGCGUGGAGUGCUCCUAGUGGAUUGCGAUAGAUACCACACAUACCUUGAUCGUAUUCUGGCCACGAUAGACGGAGAUCCCAGUGUGCUGGACACUAACGGCGUGAUGACUCUAUCUGAUGCAAAGAAGAAGUUAAGAACCGGCAUGACUGAACAAAUAAUUACACUGAGUGACUGGUAUAACAGUUGGAAUCUUGACAUCAACUCAAAAAUUGUUCUUUCGCCCGAUGGAACCCGGGAUCCCCGACUAGAUGACUCCCUGAUCAACGGCAAGAGGUCAACAUUCCAGGUAAUCGACAUACCGGAGUCGACAAAGUAUGCUCUCAUCAGGUUUGUCAACAGUGGUAUGUCAGGUACGCAGAUUGUUAACUUCCCCAACCACAAGAUAGUUGUAUUCGAGACGGACGGCGUUUUGAUCAAGCCAUAUGUGUUGGAUACGCUUUCCAUGGCGGUAGGCCAGCGCUAUUCUGUGGUUGUUGUGAAGGGUGAGAACGAGGCAUUGCAGAUGAUAAACGGUUGUAACAAGAUGAUGGGCUAUUACGCAAAGCAGGCCUGGUUAGCGUCGAAGCACGUUGCCGGAACUUUAACUGCGGAAACGUCUAUACCUAGAAUCAACAGUCUACCUGGUCUGGACAAACUUGAGAAGUAUAGAGAUUUUCAGCCUGUAGAAGAUGAGGUCAAGGGCCUUGAAGUCGCGGAGAAGGCCAACACUACUGUCGAACUGAGCUAUGACUACUAUAGAGACCCCGAGAUUCAAGAAAAGUAUGGCACUGGGAUGUUUUUGCUCAACGGCAAGGCAUUAAGUGACUACUUCAAGGAGCCCAUUGAGCUGCCGGAAGGUAAAGGCAAUGUGGUAGACAUAGUGCUGAACUCCGUUGAACACAUGCGCCACCCAUGGCACCUCCACGGUCACCGGUUCCAAGUAAUAUCCAUUGGUAAAGGCGGGGAAGGAAAGUUCGACAGCCGCGAAGCCCAACAGAAGUACCGUGAAGACAUGGAGUACUGGGAAACACACCCAGAGCAGUCACCCAUGUUCCGAGACAGUAUCAAUCUUCCUGGCAGAUCAUUUGUAGUGCUCAGGAUAAGAACCUCUGAGCCAGGAGACUGGCUGUUACAUUGCCAUGUUGACUGGCACGUAUCAAAGGGUCUGGGUGCCAUGUUCAGAGUUAAAGGGAAUGCAAAGUCUGACCCUACAACGGAAGAAGCAACUGAGUACGCGAACCCGAUAAAACAUAACAAGACGAAAGUACUCCUUAUAUACAUAUCUAUCAUGGUCUGCGUGGACAUACUGAUGUACUACACCAUCAUGAGAUAG